AGGCAUGCAUUUUGAUUCAAAUUGCUGCCGCCACCGUGCGCCCGAAGCCAUCCUUCCGUGUUGCAGAGAUGGAGGAGUGCGCGGAGGCGGUGCCCAUGCCCAUUCCGCGCAGUGACGAUGGGGCCCAUGCCACGGAGUGGAACGACUUUGAUUCUUUGAUCAUGCGGGCGAGGCAAGCGCACGAUGUGGAGGUCAGGCGUCUCGAGAACGAGGUCCAGAGUCUGCGCCAAAGGCUGGAGGCCGUGUGCGGGGAUAGGCAGAGCCUGUGCGCAAACGGGCUCGCCAAGCGAGCAGACUUGCCCGUUGAUCCAGAGAUGAUACACAUUGGCACCGAGGAGUCCGUCCCCAAUCCAAAGGUUUCCCCUGGUGUGCUGUUUGACGUGUACGAAGGGCCAGCUGACAUCCCAGUCAGGCAGCCCAGAUAUGGGGAGCAGCUGGACAAGCCGGCCUCCCUCCCGCUUAGGCCACCCAGGCAGUCAGACAACCUCGGCGCGAACGUUGACGCAGCAGUCAGGCCAUCUUCGCGCUCCGAAUUUUCAGAUUUCCAGGCGCGGUCCCUGUCGAGGAUCCACACAAACACUAAAGGCACAGAGGAGUCCGUCAACUUCUUGAGUCGUUUGGUUGCGCAUCCAGGUUUCGAAGUGUUCAUAUGUACCAUUAUCAUUUUGAAUGGGGCCGUCUUGGCUGCCGAGGCUCAGUACCAAGGUUUCGAUCUUGCAGUGAGGACCGGUCAUGAUAGUGCAGGUGGCGUCUCCUCCGAUGUGUGGCCUCACGGCGAAGCAUUUUUCCAAGCGUGCGAAUGGACGUUUGGAAUAAUAUACCUGUUCGAGGUCGUUGUCAAGAUCUUAGCCGAGCGUCGCGAGUUCGUCCGGGACUUUUGGAACCUGUUCGAUCUUGCAUUAGUCGUUUUCUGGCUAUCUUUGCCGCUAUGACGCUGAUGUGAGUGAGACAACGCAGAUGCUGCGUUUUUAUCGCCUGUCGCGGCUGCUGCGGCUGGUUCGGUUCGUCGGUUUAUGUCCAGCACUGCAUUUGAUCCCUUGUACAUCAUGAUAACUGCGCUGGGAGGAAGUGCGGUGGUUUUGGCGUGGUCGUUCAUAUUGUUGCUGACCUUGCACCUUGUAUUAGCAUUGCUUGUCAAUCAGGCUCUUCACCUGUGGUAUUUGAGAGCCAGGCCGAAGAACAGAUUAAGGUGUUCGAGUAUUUUGGGAGUUUUUCCCGAUCGCUCCUCACAAUGUUCGAGUUCACCCUGGCAAAUUGGAUACCCCCAGCAAGGGUGCUGAUGGAGAAUGUGCAUGAGGGGCUUAUAAUUUAUUCGAUCCUGCACAAGAUGAUCCUUGGAUUUGCCAUUAUAGGGGUUGUUAACGGAGUGUUUAUGCAAGAGACCUUCAAAGUGGCUUCAUCGGACGAUGCAAUAAUGGUAAGGCAGACGAAGCGUAAAGAAGUGGCGCACAUUGCGAAAAUGAGCAAACUUUUUGCCAAGGCAGACAGUGAUAACGACCUUACAGUUGAUCGCAAUGAGUGGGCAAGGCUAUGCCAACACAAAUGGGUGCAGACUUGGCUUAAAGCUCAAGAUUUCGAUGUCAGGGAUCCGUGCAGACUUUUCGAUCGAUUGGACGAUGGAAGCGGGAAACUUACUCCAAAAGCACUCGUCGAAGGCACAGCACGGAUGAAAGGUGAAGCUUCGCCCAUGGCAAUGGCUAGGCUGAUCAAUGAGCUCCGUGGUUCUAUGGAUCAGGUUCGCGAUUCUGUGGUGAGGAUUGAGAGCCAAUUUGAAUUGUUCGAGCCUGGUUCACUCAAGACAUCGCUUCGAAUUUCGAGACCCGUCGUCUUGAGGUAGCGCCAUUUUCCAUUUCCCGGGUAACGCCACACCAGGGAUUCCCGACCCCAGUUCAUUUUUCGAGUCACGGAUUCCUAAUCCCCGACUCAAAGGUCGAAUUAAGCAGCGUAUUCAGACGCGACUAUUGCGGGAGACUUCACCACCGCGGACAGCAAUACAUCUCCCAUUGCAGAUGUGGCAGCGGAGCUUUCCGAGCCGAGGUGCUCGCGUUUCGCAGCCGCAUCGGCAUGGUGGCCGCGAUGCAGGUCGCCACUGGGGAUUCCCAAGCUGGCGCGAAGAGCAGGGAGCCGCUGUGCCAGCGCCCUUGCACCACUCGGCAGCGAACUUUGCGACAACUGCAGCUGAGCAUCCUGCAAUUCGCACGUCGCAGACGACGCAGGGCGUCCUGCUCCCUCCUCUCGUCCUCUGACCUGCCUCUGAACAGUUUCGAGCACCUCUGCGCGCACGAGCCCUGUUAUCGUGCCCGUGCGCGGGCAAGACAAGCUUAGACUCGCUUCGCGUCGGUUGCUCUGACGACCCAUGGGAAGGCCCACAGGA